AUUGUUUCAGAGCACGAUGUCCCAUUCUUGUGUUUAGAAGAUCUUUCCUGUAACAUUGAUCCCUCUAUAUGUAUAAAUGUAAAACUUAUUCACUUGUGAUUCAAUAUAUUUCAGAGAAUUGGUUUCGGCUAUUUGUACAAAAUUUUCUAUAAUUCCUGAAGUGAAUUGAAUCAUUUAUUCUCUGCACAUUCAAAGCAAUCUCAUCUCAUACUUUUCCCCCGCAUCUAGGAGUCAUCCCAAUUGACUCAAGCAACAAGGACGUGGUGGUACCGCGUUAGAUGCGGAAACUGAUUUCUGCAUGAAUUUUCUAGUCAUGACCGGUUGGUUCAUCAAUUAUUGCAUUCACUGUAUUUCAGUGGUUGACUGCAGUCGGUACGCGCCACCCCAAGUCGACCGAGGGUUUCAGUUGCAAGUGGUUGCCACGUUCAGUCAGAGGGCGGUAAGCUCCUGAUGGUGAGACUUUGUAUAUGACUGUGCAGAUUCAAGUCAACUGGUGAAGUGGUGUAUGCACUUCAAACAUAUCACCAAAUUUCAUUGGCUACUGCCGUAGUACCCCAUACGUUGGUUGGCUCUAACCUUGCCUUUAUCUUCCCCGGUUGACGCCCAAGUUCCGCUAUCAAGCCCCAGUUCGUCUUUUAUCCCCAUUAAGUCAAGGCGUGUCUCGAUAAGAAUUUUUUGUUUGAAUUGUGAAGUAAUUGCAUCGAUAUCGUGAUAUCGAGUCGUUACGUCAGAUAGAACGGCCAUAACUAUCAAAUAUUGUCCUUGAAAUUGGAGAAUGGAGAGUGGGAAACUAAAUAUAGAUACGGGCGAUGUAAAAGCCCCGACAGAACCAGUCGCGACUUACAAGCCGAUACCGGAGAACGACGUUCUCCUCACAGACAAGGAAUCUGUUAAGGAGGAAGAAGCGAAAAUGGCCAAGCAAAACGGCGAUGCCGAUAUCGAUGAUGGAGCUCAGGAACUCAUGCUUAAGGACACCGGAAGAAUCAAUUCCAACAAAGAUGCCACCGAGGUCAAAUUCAUAUCGGAAAACGGAGAUGCAAAAAUUGACAUAGAAACAGUGAAGCAGACUUUGACCGGAAUGGGAAAGGAAGAGCUGAUGAAAUUUGCAAAUGAUCCAUUCUGGAUACGUCUCAGAUGGUUUAUGUUUAUUGCUUUCUGGCUUUUGUGGGCUGGUAUGUUGGCUGGUGCGAUAGCUAUCAUUGUUAUGGCACCAAAAUGCUCAGCUCCUGAGCCUAAGAAACUAUGGGAAGAAAGUCCCAUCGUCACUAUAAAUCCGGCCGUGACUCUAGGCAACCUUACAGAGCUUAACAAAAUUCUAACUGAAUUGAAAGCCAAACAUGUUCGAGUUAUCAGCCUUGAAAAUAUAAUGCCUACAUCACUCAGUGGUCACACAGUAGAGUUUAGGAAUAUUGAGCCUUCUUUAGGUAACCUUAAAGAUUUCAAAGAAUUGGUCGAGACUGCCACUAAACAAGAACAAGAAAUAAUACUUGAAGUUGAUCCGAACCACACUUCAGAUGAACACAUCUGGUUCAAAGACUCUGUGAAAUCUAUUGAACCUUAUGCCAAGUAUUACGUUUGGUCUAAAGGCAAAAUUGACUCUGAAGGAAAACGUAGUCCUCCUAAUAAUUGGCUCAGCAUCUACGGUGGAACGGCUUGGGAGUGGCACCCGGAGAGACAAGAAUAUUAUCUUCACCAGUUUAACAAAACGCAGCCAGAUCUAAACUAUGAAAACCCAGAUGUGGUUAAAGAGUUCUCUGAUAUUUUAAUGCACUGGCUGAAACUUGGAGUUACUGGUUUCCGAUUAGCCAAUACUCAGUACCUUGUUGAAAAACUGUCUAGCGGAAAUGAGGCCGCUACUGCUCAACCGGCUGAUUCCGAGAGCUAUCAGUCUUUGAAUCAUGUGUACACCAGAGAUGUAAUAGAAAAUGGCGUCGUACUACGUCAGUGGCGUCAGAUUGUUUCCAAUAACACCAACGACAACGGGCUUUUCAUGCUUAAGGAAACUAUUAGAAACGAUACUUUAGCAGUCUUCAAUGACAAAGUGAAACUCGUAGAUCUGCCACAAAAGUCCCAGUUCCUGUCAAAUGCAGAUUCUAAUAUCUCAGCUACUGCUCUACGAUUAGGAGUUGACAAUAGCUUAAAAUCAGCCGGUGCCUGGCCUGCCUGGGAUCUCAACAAUGUAGAAAGGCCUCUGCACGAGCGAAUGCCUGACCAGGUCGCUGAGAGUUUGACUUUAAUGACAUUGCUCCUACCUGGUACUCCAAUUUUAAGUCUUGCCCAGACCAAAUAUCCAGGAGAUGCAUUCGAGAUACUUACUAAAGAGCGCUCUGUGUCUGCCUUCCUAUAUGGGGAAACAAAAACUGAUAUCGUCAAUGGAACCGUCUUUGUCUACACCAGAAACUGGUUGAAAAGCGGUAAUCCUGGGUAUUUGGUCGCUUACCAAAGCGGAGAUCAAUCAGCAAUUGUGGAUUUCUCCAACAUUCCUCAAGUUUCGGAACAAGUAAGAGUUGUUGCACUCAGCUCUAAUUACCACGAGAAAGACAUCGCAGUCAAGAGCACUCCACCUUCGAACAGCGUUCCAAUUUCACCGAAAAGUACAAUGGUCGUGACUUUUGUGCCUAAGGCAUAAAAUUUCUGGACGAUUUCAAUAAUUCGGCAUGUACCAAUUUGCUUCUACUUAUUACUUCUACUUAUAAUGGUACCAUUUUUCAAUUGUUUUGCAUCUACUUAUAUGGCUGAAACACUUCUAUAUGUGAACGUGAACAGUGAACUCAUAAUAUAAAAUUAGUUCACGCCUAAA